AUGGUAAAGGGUUUGGCCCAUGAGUUGAGGCAAGCAAGGCAACAGAACACCGGUACUACAUCUACUCAAGCUGAGCAGACAGAUGGCCGACGUGAAGUUCCAUCUCCACCUCCUCCAGUACCACAAGUGCCUUCGCAGCCAGCUUUGUAUGGGGAUGGCACAUUGACCUUGAUCAAAGAAUUCAAGAAGAUGAACCCGUCAAAAUUCCAAGGAGCAUUCACAUUGGACGACGACACCCGUAGAUGGUGGAUGAUGAUCCGAGAAGGCAACCCAAGUUUGACUUGGGCCAGAUUUUUGGAGUUGUUCUACGACAAGCACUUUCCCCUUAGUGUCCAAGAUCGCAAGACCAUGAAAUUCCAGAUGUUGACGCAGGGUAACAAAACAGUAGCUGAAUAUGAUCGCGCUUUCACUGAGUUGGCAAGGUAUGCACCCCACAUGGCCAACAACGAAUACAUGAAAGCUAGAAAGUUUGAGAGUGGAAUUUGGGGCCCAAUACAAGAUCGAGUUAAUAUGCUCAACAUGUCGACGUAUGCCGGAGUGUUAGAUAAAGCCAUCCUAGCCGAAGCUAACUUGAGCAGAAGCCAGAGUUCAGGAGAGAAUCAGAGAAAGAGGCAAGAUUACGACAAUCGCUAA